GAAAUUGAACAGCCUAAUUGUUGUGAUAAACUUAUUAAAUAGAAAAUGUUUGAUGAUAGAUUUAUUUAGUUGAUAAAUGGAUACAAUACAGAGGAAAUUAUUCCAAACAACAUUUGAACGCCUCUUUGAAUCGGCGUAAAUGUCUGCCGACGUUGAGAAUCUGAAGUCGGACAUCCGGAGUGUGCUGCUGGCAUCGAAGGAUGGAGUGCCGGCCCAUAUAUUCAACCAGGAGUUCUCCGAGAUGACGAUGGAGACUCUGGAUGUAAGCAAGUAUGGAUUCGCAAGUGUGCACCAACUGAUGUGUGCCAUCCCAGACACAGUGAGGAUUGUGAGUGAGGCCGGAGGAGGAGUGGUGUACAAAGUGGUGGACAAUGAAGCAACGGCCAAACUAUCCCAGCUGGUCUCAAAACAGAAGUCGAAGAAGCGACGAGGAGGAGGAGGAGGAGGCGGUGGUAUGAGCAAAGGGGGCAGAGCUAGACCGACGGCCAUCCACAAACCUCCAGUACAUAACCGCUUCUCAAAGCCGACUCCCAGAAAUUCCACAGCUUUUAGUCAUCCUUCGUACAACAACUCGAGGACUAUUGUUGCAAGCUCCUCUGCUUACUCUACAAAUGGGCGGACAGGAGUAUUGGGAAAUGCAAAUUCAAGACUGAAUGCAGCCGGGGGACUCUAUGCAAGUGUAAAUACAUGUGUAGAUGGUGCAGCAUGGGAUAUGUCUGGUCUGAGUCGGAAUCUUCCUUUUCUCAGUGAACGGCACUCGCCCAGCGAGAGAAUGAAAGGUCGACUGGGACCCAUUCCAGCUGAUAACUAUUGCAAUGAACAGCAAUUAUCUUCAGUCUCCAAUCACACUCGCUAUUUCCAACAAAUACCAGCUGAGCUGAACCGCUAUUUAUCGGCUCGGCAUGGAAACUACGACCAGCACAUAAGUGAUGCGCGCGAGAUCAUUCGCGAGCACUCAUCAUCAAACACCUCUUUGCAGCGUACAAAUUCAAGCAACUCAGGCAACAGACGGCCUGCAAUUGUCGAUUGGAGAGUGAAUGGCCAUUAUGAACAGGAUCCGUAUGAGAGCAAAUAUGAGCAAAUAUUAGAUGUUGAAAGAGAAGACCGCGCUGCUCUUGUGAUUGAGUUAUCGAACAAGGCAUUAACUACAAACAGAGUAGUGCAUCACAAUGGAACGAGUAAACCUCCCUUUGUUCCCCUCAAAACAUCACCAGCCGGGGAUUCUCUGGACUCCUGGCAGGAAUCAUCAAUCUCGAACGACAACCGCGAGGCCUUCUUCCAGCUUCCCGAACAGCCCAAGAUAAAAGCGGAUCCGAACCAAAGCCUCGAUGCUUUCUUCGUCCACAUGGUGUCGCCUUUGAAGUUUUUUGUUCAUCUGGAGAACGAGGAAAAAGUUGACGAACUUAUGUCUUUGUGUCUGCAGUGCUCUAAAGUCAGUACGAAUGUUUCGAAAAGCGAAUUGCAAGAUGGUCAGUUGUUACUCUACGAAACAAGGUUUGACGACUCCUGGUGUCGGGCGCAGAUGCUUCCGAACAAUGAAGUGCUAAUGGUCGAUUUCGGAUCGCGAGAUCCCUUUGAAGAACACAGGGCGCGGGAAAUGCCGAAAGAGUUGACCAGGUAUCCAGUUAUGAUCAGACAAUGUAAACUGGCUAAUAUCCAGCCAGAAAAAGGCACCUGGUCGGCGGAUGCGAACAAGUUGAUGCAAGAUCAGUGCGAUGGCGAAGAGUUGUCGAUUGUUGUGCGCGAGUUGAAGUAUAAUUCGAUUGCUCAGAAAAACCCCAUCUUGAUAGUGGAUGUUACAGUAGCUGGAGUGGAUUUAGCCGAGAUUUUAGAAAAGGCUGGAUACGCAAAGCGUACUGCCAAAAGCCAAUAUCAGGCCACGCAGCAGAAACAGAGCCCUGGGCUGUCUACCAUUGCUGCAAUCAGUCCGGGUUAUUCCAAAAUUAACAACUGGUUCUUCCAGAACGCAGAAAUCUGUGCUGCAGAUGCGAAUAAAUCAGAGCUGAUUAGUCUUCACGAAGAACAGUGUGAGGUUGCAGAGAAAAAUAUUCGGAAAUGGAACAAAAUAUCUCUCAAAGAUGACGUUGAUUGGGCAAGUCUCUUAGUUCCAAGUUUGCCUGGCCAAGAAAAGGAUGCGUUUGACUGUGUCUUAACUCACGUCAAGGAUGACGGCACUUGUUAUCUUCAGUUUAGUUCCUUAAAAGGGACAGAGUAUCUGAAGGAACUUCUGCUGCAAGUGAACGAAAAGACGAGCUUAGACUGCAUCAGAAGUGUUAUAUCGCAGCCUGAAUGUGGCAAUUUAUAUGCUGUAUAUGAUUGGAUAAAUCAGAUCUUUGCUCGAGCAAUUGUGACUUCAGUUGAAAUAGAUUAUGUAACAGUGUUCUUCAUCGACCAUGGUCAUACAGUUAAUGUUGACAUUGACUUCAUUAGAGACUCGCAGCCUUUCCAACCUGCCUUUUCCAAUCUUCCGUGCCAAGUUGCACCUGUUAAAGUAGCCAAUGUGGAAUGGCAAGAUGCCUUGUCUCUAGAUUAUCUGGACAUUUUAAUGAAGGAGCAAAGAAGACUGAAAUGUUGGUGUGUGAACGAAUUCGAUCAGUCUACUGUGAAUCUGAAGCUGUCAGAUGGUCGAAUCCUGCGGGACGCAUUAGAAGAACUAAAACCGAAGGAAUGCUACGAAGGCGAAUCCGUUGUUUACCGUGACUUUGGCUGUUCGGCCCACCUGCACCACACAGUGUCUCUGUUCGCCAACUCGCUACACCCCUUUCACCAGAUCACUCCCGACCAGGUGCUCACACAUGGCCACAAGGUCAGCUUCCAAGUGGUGGCACUCACUGCUGGCAGACACAUGCGGGUGGUGGAGACUGCACUGGGCCAGAAGUAUUUCCGCCAGUUGAGUCCAACACUCGAACAAGCAUGCAAAGAGUUGGGCCAGGAAAGUGCGAAUCUGAGCUCUCUGAAGUGUGGAUCCUAUUUCCUGGUUCGAUGUCCCGUAGACAACGUCUACAACUCUGAUGAGAAUCACAAUGACGUCGAGACGAAAUUCGCCUACCAUAGAUGCAAAUUAGCCAGUCAUGUGGAAGAUUUUGUCUUUGCGCUGAACGACAUAGACUCGGGGGAGAUUGUGUUUGCACACAGACGGAAUAUUUUCGUGCUGCCGUCUCAGUUUUAUGGACCCGAUUUCCCCCUAGUGACCUGGGACGCAUCCUUCAUUAUGUCGGACAAAAUACUCGAUGUAAACUUUGUCGGGCAAGAGUUAGAGUGUACGGCUGUGUACCCGACCAAAACUUCGGUCCAUUUCAUAUACCCGGACUACUUAGCUUUUUGAAACUAUUUCUGCUCGACGCAAAAUUUUCAUUUUAAUUUUACUCCUUAUUUGUUUUGUUUAAUUGA